UGAUCCUAUCUAGUAGGACAAUCUCAAUUCUCAACUGGUUCGAGCUGUCCAUAGAGAAGAGUUACAUGGGAUUAGGGUUUCUCUCUCCUCUUCUCUGUCUUCGUGCUUCUCUCUAUCUCUGUGAAUGAUUGUUCGAUGGAAGCAAAUCUCGUGACUGAUUAUCCUCAGGAAUAUAUGGAUCGUCGCCCAAAGAAACGGGCCAGAUUAGAUUGGGACCCCUCUCAUACUCCAAAGGCUCAGCCAGGGAUAUAUUAUGGGCAAGAGGUUGGCAGUGUGUCAAGCUUUGCACAUGGAAGAGUACUUUCUCAUCAUGAAAAUUUAUAUUUUAGGGGACUGGUUCAAAAAGGCUCUCCCCCUUGGCGAGAUGAUGACAAAGAUGGGCAUUACAUAUUUGAUUUGGGAGAGAAUUUAACUACCCGCUAUAAGAUCCUCAGGAAGAUUGGGGAAGGUACCUUUGGUCAAGUUCUGGAAUGCUGGGAUAGGGAACAGAGAGAAUUGGUAGCCAUAAAAAUCAUCAGAAGCAUUAAAAAGUAUCGUGAGGCAGCAAUGGUAGAAGUUGAUGUUCUUCAUCUGCUUGGAAGAUAUGAUAAGAGUGGCAGUCGUUGUGUUCAAUUACGGAACUGGUUUGAUUACCGUAACCAUAUAUGUUUAGUGUUUGAGAAGCUUGGACCAAGUUUAUUCGAUUUUCUACGGAAAAACAAUUAUCGCUCAUUUCCAGUUGACCUAGUUCGUGAGAUUGCCAGACAACUCUUGGAAUGUGUAGCAUUCAUGCAUGAUAUGCGACUAAUACACACUGAUCUGAAGCCUGAGAAUAUACUCUUUGUAUCUCCAGACUACAUAAAAGUCCCUGACUAUAAGGUCGCGCCAUGGCCACCUAGAGAUGGAUCAUUUUACAAGAGAUUACCAAAAUCAAGUGCUAUCAAGGUGAUUGAUUUUGGUAGUACGGCAUAUGAGCGCCAUGAUCACAAUUAUAUCGUAUCUACUAGACACUACCGUGCACCUGAGGUUAUCCUUGGUCUUGGAUGGAGUUACCCUUGUGACAUGUGGAGUGUUGGUUGUAUAUUGGUGGAACUAUGCUCGGGUGAAGCUUUGUUCCAAACACAUGAGAACUUAGAGCACCUUGCCAUGAUGGAGAGGGUUUUGGGUCCUUUCCCACCUCACAUUUUGAAAAGAGUGGAUCGACAUGCUGAGAAAUAUGUGAAAAGGGGUAGACUUGACUGGCCUGAAGGUGCAACUUCAAGGGAUAGCAUUAAGUCUGUUAUGAAAUUACCCCGUCUUCAGAAUUUGGUGAUGCAGCAGGUUGACCACUCAGCAGGUGAUCUUAUUGACCUCCUGCAAGGACUUCUGCGAUAUGAUCCUUCAAUCAGGAUGACAGCUCGUAACGCACUUAAGCAUCCUUUUUUCACUUGCGAUCAGUUAAGGAGGUCAUAAGGGCAUUGUGGAUGAUUUCUUGCCUCUGAGGUGCCCAUUGCAAUCCACCUGAUAUUUAUGAGGAUUGCAUGAAAAGUGGAAUUGUUGUGCCAAUUCUUGCGUGUGUAAAUAUUGCAUCACGAGAAGUAGUUCAGUUCAAUGUUGGGAUAUUGUGUUUCUGCUGUUGUUGCAGCAUAAGUUUUGUGAGGGCAUUUUUUCCUCCCUGAAAUUGGAUCUUCUACUUGUUUACUAGAUGUACAAUCAGUGUGUAAGUCUAUUUAAUAAUAAAGCAUGUCCACUCUUUUCUCUUUACCGUUAUCACUGGCUCACUGCUAUUCCCUUUGGGGUCUAAUUGCAUUUAUUUUCUGUAUUUUGCAAGUUGUGCUUAUUAUAAAUGUGUAUUAUUUGAACUAAAAAAAAAGCCAAAAAAUGUUUGAACUAAUAAAGUUGUUAAAAAAUUAAUUUAC